UUCAAUAAAAAUGAAUUUUUAAAGCAUCAAAUCAUGUUAUCUAUAAACCAUUUCAACACACAAAUUAAGGUGCUACAGAUAUCACCAUAUUUAACAAACUUUAAUUUAUCAUGCAUUCUAGAACGAACCCUUCUCAGACGACUCUCUCCUACCCAACCCAAAGGUAUUAUAAAAUUUUGUUGAAAUCACACUCUCAGAUUUCACAGAGACAUUCAUGCCAGGUAUUGUGGUUACGACAUAUUUUUAAUUGAACCGAAUCUGUCAAAGAAACAACCAGACCCAGAUCUAUAGGCUCCAUGGGAAUGGUGGAUUAGCACUUUAUAUUGUAGCUGAA